AACAUAUCUAGAGAGAGAAUUUCAGUGUGAAGACAAACUUCUAGAGAGAGAGAGAAUAAACUAAAAAAAAAGAGUCAAACCCUUUAAUCUUGUUCUUCAGAAUCAAUUUCGUCAAUCAAAAUCACAUUUUCAAUUCAACCCAAUUCGCAAAAUAAAACCCCUUUGUUAUGUUAAACAAUUGUUGAAAAAUUUGUUGAAUAAUGGGUGGGGUGUGUACCGGUGGGACGAUGAAGCGGAGCACGGUGGCGGAGUACGACGGCAGUUACAGGGGUAGUUUGGGGAAUUCAGGGAAGUUGAAGAGUUUUGGUCAUGAUGAUUCAGGUUUAUCUUCUUCUUCAUAUACUACACAUGAUGAUGAUGAUGAUAAUGUUUAUAGUAGGAGGAUGCCAUCUUAUGAUUCUGGUGAAUUGUUUUUCUCAAUUUCAAGAGAAUUGAAACCCUCUACCCCUGCUAGGGUUAGUAAGGCACCUCAUGUGAGCACAUUUCUUGGGAAAGCUGGUAGUGUAGGUCUUGAAGUACUUGACACAUUAGGCAGUAGCAUGUCAAAUUUGAAUGCUAACAGUGGAUUUGUGUCUAAUAUGGCUUCAAGAGGAAAUAAAGUAUCUAUUUUAGCGUUUGAAGUAGCCAAUACCGUUGUUAAAGGGUCCAAUUUGAUGCAAUCCCUUUCCGAAGAAAACAUCCAGAUCCUUAAAAAGGAAAUUUUGCAUUCGGAAGGGGUCCAACUUUUAGUCUCUACGGACACGAAAGAGUUGUUACGUAUUGCAGCUUCUGAUAAGAGGGAGGAACUUGAGGUUUUCUCCAGAGAGGUUGUACGGUUUGGAAAUAUGUGCAAAGAUCCACAAUGGCAUAAUCUGGAUCGUUUCUUUUCUAGAUUGGACUCGGAUCUGGUAUCAAACAAACAGCUUAGAGAGGAUGCGGAAUUCACUAUGCAAGAACUCAUCAAUCUUGCUCAGUAUACAUCUGAAUUAUAUCAUGAGUAUCAUGCUUUAGAUAGAUUUGAACAGGAUUAUAGACGUAAGAUUGAGGAAGUAGAAGCCUUACAUCUUCCUCGCAAAGGAGAGAGUCUCACAAUUUUACUUAGUGAUGUAAAGCAUCAAAGAAAACUCGUGCGGAACUUGAAAAAGAAAUCCCUUUGGUCUAAAAGUUUAGAAGAGGUUGUGGAGAAGCUUGUAGAUAUUGUUACCUUCAUCCAUCAAGAAAUAAUGGAGGUUUUUGAAGAGAGUGUUCCAAGUUCAAUGCAUGAUGAGAAGGUGUCUCAUAAAAAACCCGAGACACUAGGUGCUGCAGGUCUUGCGUUACACUACGCCAAUUUAGUCACUCAAAUGGACAACAUUGCGUCUCGGCCCAUCUCGUUGCCUCCUAAUAUGAGAGAUAACUUAUAUAAUGGCUUGCCAGCAAAUGUAAAGGCGGCUUUACGUUCACGUGUACAAACACUCGAAUCUAAAGAAGUGAUGACGAUGCCUCAAAUUAAAGCCGAAAUGGAAAAAACUCUCCAGUGGCUCGUCCCAGUUGCUACAGAUACUACCAAAGCACAUCAAGGUUUUGGAUGGGUUGGCGAGUGGGCAAACACGGGUAAUGAGUUUGGAAAGAAGACAGCAGGGAGUAACAAUAUUAUUCGGCUUCAGACGCUAUAUCACGCUGAUAAACAGAAAAUGGACCGAUACAUUCUUGACUUGAUUAUAUGGCUUCACCGUCUAAUAAGCCUAGUCAGAUUCCGAGAUAAGGUUCCGAAAUACGUUCCCUCUCGGUCUCCUACCACCACUAAUGGUCCGAUCUCAGCAAAUGGUAAACUCCAAAGGGUUCAAAUCUCGUUGGAAGAUAGGAAUCUUCUAGAAAAGGUGAUGAAACGAAGAAUGUUGGUUCCGGGAAUAAGCAAAAGUCAAGAGUUUGUGACGGUUAAAAAGAAGAAAGCGACGGUUUUUGCGUCGAGUAGAAGCAUGGGAAGCUCUCCCAGAAGGGAAGCAGGGUACGCAAACACUGACAUGUUAGAUGUAUUGGAUGGUUUAGGUACAAAAUUUUAAGCCGUUGGUACAUAUUCCGAAGACGGUUGAGUAGCAAGAUAUGUUGAAUGGAUUGGGUACAACAUUUUGAGCUGUUGCUGCACAUCCGAAAGCCAUUAUUUUGUCGUUAUAUGUGUAUAUAGUGAAUUGAGUAAACUGCCAUUUUGGUCCCUGUGGUUUGGUCACUUUUGCCACUUUAGUCCAAAACUCAAACUUUUUGCAUCUGAGGCCCUGUGGUUUCAAUUUUAUUGCCAUUUUAGUCCAAAAAUGAAAUCGGAUCAUAUUUGUCUUAUAAAAUCCUGCUAUUUUGUCAUUUUCUGCAGGGGCAAAAUGAUCAUUUCUUUUUUACAAAUAAAUACCAUAUUUUAUAAGACAAAUAUGACCUGAUUUGCCACUGUGAAAAAUGACAAAAUUGAAGGAUUUUAUAAGAAAAGUAUGACUUAAUUUAUUUUUGGACCAAAAUGGCAAUAAAACUGAAACCACAGGGACCCAGAUGCAAAAGGUUUGAGUUUUGGACUAAAGUGGUAAAAGUGAGCAAACCUCAGGGACCAAAAUGGCAGUUUACUCUAUUGAAUUAUAAGAGAUUGUUUAAGGUUGUUGAGUAAUUUAUUUUAUUUGUUUUUCUUUU